AUGUCGCAAUCCUACGACUUCCUGGUAGGCACCUUCAACACGCCCCAACUCUACACUCUCCGAUUCACACCUCCGACACCUGAGUCGUCUACAAAGAGUUCUAGUUCUGGCUCCGGAUCAAACUCCGGGAAUUUAAGGAUCCUACACCGUACCGCAGCCAUCGGCUCACACUCGUGGCUUCAUCUUUCACCGCCCAAGACGAACGGAACGCGAAACCUAUACGCCACGGCGUGGACGGAGCCGCCUUCAGUUGUGGCGUACGCGGUCGACUCGUCCACCAAAAUCAAACUGCUCAGCAGAGCCCAGACAAAGGCACGGAGUGGCUAUGUCACCGCCAACGAUGUUGCCGUGUAUUCUGCUGGCGGUGCGACCGGCGAGGUCUUCAGCAUCGACCGAGAUAGUGGGACUUUUGUAGCACCCCAAACCAAGUCCGCUUCCGAGGCAUCACCUCCAAGACUCACAAACGGGACAACCGCUGGUUCCCACCAUACCGCAGGACAAUCAUCGUCACAACCAUCAUCGCCAAACCAGCUGUUGCAGACCUUGUCGUUUGUCGACUCCUCAGCUCAACGCGAUAAUGGAAGUGUCAUGGACUUUGGCGGGCUCCGACAUGGCGCACACUCCGCGGACCUCUCGCCCUCCGGCAACACCCUAUACAUCGCCGACAUUGGACGGAAUUGCAUUUGGACCUUCGCCGUGUCUCCGACCGAUGGGAGUGUUACGCUGGGCGAGAAACACAUUUCGCCGCGGCCGAAUGACGGACCUCGCCACGUCUGGCCCCAUCCAGCCGGCGGCUAUGUGUAUUGUGUCCAGGAGCAUACCAGCAUGGUGGACGUGUUUUCGACCAACCACGACGGCGUCUCCCUGACCCACAAGCAAGGCGUGCGCAUCAUUCCGCCUGACCAGCACGAGCAGGAUUUCUGGGCCGACGAGGUCCGCACCAGCCUCUCGCGCGCCGACCGCCCGCAGUAUUUGUACGCCAGCACGCGAGGUUUGAAACCGGGCAAGAAAGGUUACGUGGCAGUUUACAAGCUGACCGAUGACGGACGGAUUGAUACCUCUGUCUCUGGGCCCAAAUCAGAGCCAGCCGAUCUGUACGCCGGCCUGCUGUACAUGUACGAGACCCCAAACAGCGGUGGUUGGGCCAACGCCAUCCAGCCAGGCCCGACGGUGCAGGGGGUCGAGUACCUAGCGCUAACGGACAGCGAGGACGGGUGGGUGUUUGUGUUGAGCUGGAACGGUGCCGAGAUCAAAGAGGUCGCCCGGACCAAAUUGGACCCAGGUGCCGGCGCCGCAACUGCGGUCUGGUUGUAG